AUGGAAUAUAAUGAAAUAAAGUAACAGGUAACUAAAUUAUUAAUUUUCAGAUCGUUUCCAACAUAAAGGAAAACAAAUAAAAAAUUAAGGAGCUCUAAGUAUUCUUGAAAACUUAACAUACCGAAUACAGUGAAGCCUAAAAUAAGUUAGAAGAAGAAAAAUAAAGAAGGAGGAAAGCAAAGAGCUCAAAAAACAAAUUCUCUAGCUUUGAAAAUGCAAUCAAUAGGCCUCCAUUUUUUAGUGCUACUCAUGCAGAAUAAACGUUUCAUGAAUAAACAUUCAUUGAUAAUGAAGUACCAGCACUGACAGCAACUUAAAAAGAAUAACUAAUAAUGCCAUCAAGAAACAAAAGUCCAAAGAUAAGUAUGAAUUAGAAAUGAUUUUCAGCUACAUUCAAAAUUUAACAUCCAUUAUCAAAAUUACAAAGUGACUUUCCUAUCUUGAAACAGAAUUAAAUGAGUGAUAAAGAAAUUAAAAGAUUAGAAAAAUGGUAAACUAUCACAAAUGAAAGAACAAAGUUAUAAAUAGAGGAGGUACCUUAUUUUGGAUAAUUAGCAAAAUAAAAAUUUUAUCGGGAGUUUGAAGAAAAAAGAACUGGAAUAAAAAGAGACCUAAGUAUUUUAAUUAGCAAAUACUAAUUUACGCCUUUUAGAUCCUCAACCAUCUUUGAUUUCAGAAAAUCCAUUAACUCCAAGAAGAUUAUAAAAACUAAUAACUUUACCAAGAUUAUAUGAAAAAAAAGUAUGGAUGCCUAACAAUAAUUAUUUUUGAUACAUUUUUCAUAUUACC